AUGCCAGAAGCAACAUAUCGUAUAUCAAUUUCAUCAGCCACAACAGAAAGUACAGUUGCUAGAAGAAAAAGAUUAUGGAUUAUUAUUGGAAUUGUUAUCGCUAUCGUAGUCAUUGCAAUAAUUGUUAUUCCAACAAGUGUCGUUCUUACUAAAAAGUCAAAAACAACAACAACAACAACAACCUUACCAAAUUUAACAUCAUUAGUGACAGAAUCAACGAAAUUAUUAGCAACUACUGAUAAAUUGCAAUCGACAACGUUUGAUAAUGUAAUAACAGUAGAUACAUCAACAGAGGCUACAACAACAGAAAUAACAACAACAACAAAGACUACAACAACAGCAACAACAACAACAACAACAGAGACUACAACAACAUCAACAGAUUUAUUUAUUGAAAUAUGA